AUGAGCAGGAGGAACGGGAACGGUCCUAAGCUCGACCUGAAGCUGAACCUUUCGUCGCCUCCUUCUCAAGCUAGCCAGAUGAGCCUGGUUCGAUCACCGAGCCAAUCCAACACGAGUUCACCGAGCUCAUGCGUUUCGUCUGAAACAAACCAAGAAGAGAUCGACACAAUAACCUCAAUGGUCCUUGUGGGUUGUCCUCGUUGCCUUAUGUAUGUUAUGCUUUCUCAAAAUGACCCUAAAUGUCCUAAAUGCAAAAGCACCGUUCUCCUCGAUUUCCUUCAUCAAAACGCUCCUGCCGCUACAACCGCUCCUGCCGCUACUACAAAACGCAACAAGAACAGGUGGAUUUGA